AUGGCAGAAGCAGAUGGAAGAGUGAAACACAUAGUCAUCGGAAAGUUCAAGGACGACAUCAGUCAAGAACGAACCGACGAACUCAUCAAAGGCUAUGCCAAUCUCGUCAAUCUCAUCCCAUCCAUGAAGUCAUUCCACUGGGGCACGGAUGUUAGUGCUGAAAACCUGCACCAAGGUUUUACUCAUGUGUUUGAAUCAAGCUUUGAUAGUGUGGAAGCUAUUGCAGAGUAUGUGGCUCAUCCCAAACAUGUUGAGUAUGCAAAUUUGCUUCUUCCUUGUUUGGACAAAGUCAUUAUAAUUGACUAUAAGCCCACCAUCGUUAACCUCUGA